GCGAUGAUGUCACACUCGUUCACUUCAAAGGGGAUGCCGCGGCUCGUCACGUGUGCGCGCGCUCCUGCAGGACGGUCCGAGGCUGCGGAGGAUGAGGAGGAGAGCUGAAGACAGGCGCAGGACGGACAGCCGCCUCUCUAUAUAUCGCCAUGCUCAGUCUACUGCGCCCCCUGCUGGCCGCCGGCCUGCACCUGCUGCUGCUGCCGCCCGGUGGUCUCUGCAGUUUCCUCCGGUACAACAACGGCUUUCACUACCAGGACAUCAACAACGGAAACGGGAACGGAGAGAUCUAUUUUAACGGCGUGCGUCUCCACGUGGAAUCCCCCGAGCCUUCGGUGUCGGCCACCAGAGGAAGCAGCGUCACGCUUCCCUGUCACUUCCACUACGAGCCCGAGCUGACCUCUCCUCGCAGGACCCGGGUCAAAUGGUCCUGGCUGCCCGCCACCGCCGCCGCCGCCACCGCCCCCGCCCCCGCCCCCGUUCCCCACCAGAGGUUCGCCAGGGAGACCGAGGUCAUGGUCGCCAUGGGGAACCGCCACCGCAGCUACGGCAACUUCCGGGGCCGCGUGCGCCUGCGGCGCUCGGCGCCCGGGGACAUGUCGCUGGUGAUCAACGAGCUGCAGCUGAACGACACGGGGCGGUACCGCUGCGAGGUGAUCGACGGGCUGGAGGACGAGAGCGUGACGGUGGAGCUGGAGCUGCGGGGUGUGGUGUUUCCCUACUUCUCCAAAGAAGGACGUUACCGUUUCAACUUCUUCGGCGCCCAGGAGGCCUGCCAGGACCAGGACGCCACUCUGGCCACCUUCGAGCAGCUCUUCACGGCGUGGGAGGAAGGGCUGGACUGGUGCAACGCCGGCUGGCUGGCUGACGGCACCGUGCAGUAUCCCAUCACGGUUCCCCGGGACGGCUGCGGCGGCGAGGACCUAGCUCCCGGCCUGCGCAGCUACGGCCCGCGGCACCGGCACCACCACCACUACGACGCUUUCUGCUUCUCCGCCUCCAUCAAAGGCUCCGUGUACUUCCUGAAGCAUCCGACCAAACUCAACUUCACCGAAGCGCUCCGGGCGUGCGAGAGUGACGGGAGUCAGAUCGCCAAAGUGGGACAGAUGCACGCCGCCUGGAGGCUGAUGGGACUGGACCGCUGUGACGCGGGCUGGCUCGCCGAUGGGAGCGUCCGCUAUCCCAUCACAAAGGCCCGGGCGAACUGCGGCCCUCCAGAACCAGGCGUUCGCAACUUCGGCUUUCCUCCCCUGCACCUGAAAUUUGGCGUCUACUGUUACCGGUAGAUGAUCCGCCUCCAGCGCAAGACAAAAACUCUUCAAACUGGUUAGAAAGCUGAGCGUGGGAGGUUCCCAUUACCUGCAACCUGAAGGCGAAUUACCAGUUUGUUCAUUUCUGAGCUCUUGUAAAGUGAUGCUGUGGAGGUUUUGAUCUCUCUCCUCUUUAAUCAGACCAACAUCUGAAGUUAACUACCAGUCUACUACUGUUAAGCUAUGCACGUCCGACAUGUCUUACAUCCAAUGCUUGAGAAACAAUCUACACUGUCUGGACUGGAGCAUUUCCACCUCACCUCGGUAUUGAAUACAGCGGGCAUUAGGACGCUGCUCGAGAGAAACAUGGCUAUUCUGUGAAGGUUUCUGCUGGAACCGUCAUCUACUCACUCACAACAUUACAGGAUCUACACCACGUCUGCAAGUUCAGCUGAAAUAAGAUGCAAAACCUGCACAAUAUUAAUGUCUGUGAUUCUAAUUUUACAGGGUUUGGAAUCAACAGUUGGCCAGUUUCUUAUUGGUGUGUUUUUACUGUUGCAUUUAGGUUUGUUCUCAUCAUGAGAAAGGGAAUCUGAACUUCAAAACAGCCCCACUCAGCUAGAUACGUUAUGAAAGCUAGCUCACAGGAAAAUUUGCUGCGCAGAAAACCUCAUUCUGAGCUCAAAUCCAGCCUGGACAACAUGAUCGAGAUUCUACGGUAUGCGGACAUGCAUUUGUCUUCAUGCUUAAAGCUGAGAAAGAUGUUGAAACUCCAAAACAUCUUGAAAUCCGCUCACUGAUGUCCACUUGUAAUGCCACUCACUCAACACAACAAACAUCUUACAGUGAACACUGCAGCGAAACGUCAACAUUCAUUCUGAGGAGCUUCAUUCCAAACCUCGGUGCCUUGUCAAAGGUCACCUGGAUGUGCUUUACGGUCCAUUAAAACACUUCACCCUGGCUACCUGCAGGUUAUUUCCUCUCAAGACGACGUCUAACAAUGUGAAAUAUGUAUCCCAUGUUUUUAACGUGUAAUAUGUGUGUGUUUAUCUGUUGAAAGGUGAUUGAGAGUAGUGGUCUGUGUCGGAGGAAGCAGCAGCUCUGAGUGUUUCUCUCCAUUGUGCUCAUAUUCUCACUUGUUUCUGAAAAUUAUUGAAGAAAAAAUUAAUUGGUGUUGCAUCACAUGCAUGUACCUUCUUUUGUUUUACUUAUGCCUGCAUAUUUGUACUUUUUUCAACAAAUUAAUAAAAUCAC